GUCAGAGCAGCAGAUAGGACAGUGCUCCGGUACGGCUGUGCGUGUGUGUUUCUUUGAGUGACAGUCGCCAGCUUUCACACAAGGAAGUGGAGGAUAUGUCGCUCAGCUGAAGGCAGACGCUGGCACACAGACGAGAUUUCUGACUCCAUCCAGUUCCAGUGCUCCCGGUCUCAGACAUGAACCUGCUCCCUGACGGCUUCCCAGCAGCUUCCUCUGAAAUGGAGAUUCAACGAGGCAGCGCCAUUGUACCAGCAUGUAUCCAUCAGCCCCCUCAGUGUGAACUCACAUCAGCUGCCCAUCACUUUGACUGUCAGCACAUCUGUCCAAAUAUGGCCCCUGUUCCUCCUGGGAUCCGCCUGUUUGUCUCCUUCGACAGGGACCAGUGGUACAAAGCUCUCACAUUUAUCCUCACCUUCCUGCUCUACACCAGUUUCCACCUCUCCAGGAAACCCAUUAGCAUCGUCAAGAGUGAGCUCCAUAAGAACUGCUCCUCUGUCAGUGAGCUCGCCACCAUGACCUCCAGCAGCAGCAGCAGCAGUGACAGCCAGCAGGCCUCUCCACCGUCUCUCCACACAGACAUGGACUGUAGCUGGAAGCCUUUUGAUAAAAGUAACUACAAACAGCUGCUGGGAGCCAUGGACUACUCCUUUCUCUGUGCAUACGCUGUGGGAAUGUACCUCAGCGGCAUCAUUGGGGAGCGUCUGCCCAUUCGACUGUACCUGACUGUGGGCAUGCUGACCAGCGGCUUGUUCACCUGCCUGUUUGGACUGGGUUACGUUUACAACAUCCACAGCCUGGGCUUCUACAUAUUUGUGCAGGUGGCUAACGGCCUGGUCCAAACCACCGGCUGGCCCAGCGUAGUGACCUGCAUCAGCAACUGGUUUGGAAAGGGAAGGCGUGGACUCAUCAUGGGGCUGUGGAACUCCCACACCUCAGUGGGAAACAUCCUGGGCUCUCUGAUCGCAGGAUACUGGGUCUCCUCCAACUGGGGCCUGUCCUUCAUCGUGCCGGGGCUCCUCAUCGCAGCCAUGGGCAUUGUGUGCUUCUUUUUCCUCAUUGAGCAUCCAAACGACCUGAAAAGCAUCUAUGCUCAGAAUUCUUCCCCAGGCAAGAGUGUUCCCACCAAGAGUUGGAAUGGAGUAAAUGGAAACACUGAGGUGUAUCUGCAAUACAAGGACAACAAAACCCAGGCGUACUACUACUGUUACGAAGAUAGUGUUCAGAACAGGAAGAGCUAUGACACAGAGCUGCUGCUGCCCAGAGACAGUGUGCGAGUCCCUGUGCAGCCCGUGGUGGUGGUGAAGAACGACUCAGAGCCGUCUGCCAUCAGCUUCAUGGGAGCUCUCCGGAUACCAGGAGUGAUCGAGUUCUCUCUGUGUCUGCUGUUUGCUAAGCUGGUCAGUUACACCUUUCUCUUCUGGCUGCCGCUGUACAUCACUAAAGCAGCUCACCUGGAUGCGAAGAAGGCUGGAGAUUUGUCCACCCUGUUUGAUGUGGGAGGAAUUGUGGGGGGGAUCCUGGCAGGAGUGAUCUCUGAUAAGCUGGGGAAGAGAGCCACCACCUGUGCAGUCAUGUUGUUGUUGGCUGCUCCUACACUGUAUGGUUUCUCCAUGAUCAGUGAGUUCGGUCUGGGGCCGACCAUCGGCAUGCUCCUGGUGUGUGGAGGUCUCGUCAAUGGGCCAUAUGCCCUCAUCACAACUGCAGUGUCUGCUGAUUUGGGGACCCACAAGAGCCUGAAAGGCAACGCUAGAGCACUGUCCACUGUCACUGCCAUCAUUGAUGGUACAGGGUCUGUAGGUGCAGCACUGGGCCCCCUGCUGGCUGGUCUGUUGUCUGCAGGCGGCUGGGAUCAGGUCUUCUACAUGCUUAUGACUGCGGACUUCCUUGCUCUGUUGCUUUUGCUACGACUUGUGACAAAGGAGCUUACAUCAAGUAAAUCCCGUCCCAUCUCCACUGUAGAGUUGAAGGAGCAUUGAGCACACACACACACACACACACACACACACACACACACACACACACACACACACACACACACACACGCACACGCACACGCACACAGUGAAACCACUUGCCUAAGCCUGAAAUGGACUGUAGCAUGUGUGUAUGUGUACACACACUGCUGUGCCAGCUACACUGGUAGCUAACCUAACCUGAAGUUCUGUGUGGUGGACCAAACCGAACCGCAGCAGAUCUUAAUCUGGAAGACUCAUCAUCACAGACUGUACCUGAUUACAGAAGUGGAUUCUUACUCAACUUAUUGGUCUGUUUCUCAGAUCUUCCUCUGCCUGUUUCCUGUUCCUGUUUGGUUGCCAGUUUGAACACACUACCUGCCCAGUCUACCUGUAUGACUGGCAGAUAUAUAAAACUAGCCUUACUUUGACAUUUGUGCUGGGAUUUUAGAUGACUAGAUAUUUAUGUAGGUAGCAGCAUAUAAAACAGUAACUUCCAUCACUGUUCUGAAGGAUCCUCUUGUAGUUAUGGUCUGACUGUUGUGACUCCUCCUGUUCAUGUCACUACAAGCUCCACAGUCCCUGAUCUAACCAUGACCUUUAUAUCCCUGCCACUCAACUUUAUGUCUGAUCCAACCAUUUUAAUGUUAUACCUGAAUCCAGCCCUCCACUGGCUCCAUGUUGUGCUCAGUGAGAGUGAAAGCUGAGAGGUUUGACAUGGUCAGUCAAUAUUUUUUAGUUUGGAAAAAUGCCUUUAUUUACCCAGAAUCCAUUGCAGAUUUGUCCUACUGAAGAUGGUGAAGAAGCAGAAAGCUUUGAGCGGAAUUUAGUUUAUGCUGCUGACAACACUGAACAAUUCAACCGCAACAUCUGUCCUGAAGCAGAGUCCCUGUUAUUCUAGAUAAACCUCACAAGACAGAUGUUUUCAUAGAGACAACUUGUUCUGGAACAACAGUCACUGUCUGUUGCAGCACAAACACAUUUCUGUUGUCAUUCUAUUGUAAUAAAGUGACAAAUAACAAAUGAGAUGGUUCAAAAGAAAAAAAACUCUGGACAGAUGAGGUGGAGGACCAACUUCAAGUCCUGUGUGAUGAUGUGUAUGUGAAAGGGACUCAUACCGAGACCACUGCAACCCUCCUAGACUAAGACCACUACAACCCUUCUGUACCGAGACCACUAGAGCCCUUCUGGUCUGACACCACUAGGACCCUCCUGGACUGUGUGGAAGCUCCUGUUUCCGUGUCACCUUUGCCUUAAUGAACCAAAGAGACUGUGGGAUCAUGUUGUAAUUUAAAAAACAGACUUUAACUUAUUUUGUCAGUCUAUGGUGGUUUCUGAAUUUAAUUCACCAAAGUUGUAUUUUUAUACCAAACCUCCAGAUGCUGAUGUUUCCCUGUGUUGGGGGUGUGGGGGGGUUUCUGAGAUAUUAUGAAUGUAAAGUUGUCAGAUGAGACAACUGACUCUUUAAACCUUGUGGAUAUCUUCUGCAGUGCAAUGUUCAGUGUCAACGAGGACCCUCAGUGAAUUUAAUGAGCCUUUUAAUCAAACUGAGACACCAACAGCUCAUUUGAAUUUUUUUUGCUUUCAGAUGUAUUGAUAUUUAUAAUUAAAUUCAGUUAAUUUAUUCGUUGAUGUUAUAUAAAGUCACAUGUGUAUAUUUCUGAUCAGUGGUCGGCCACCUUCUGAAAACAUUCUGUAUCUUGUCUGUUGUUUGUCUUGAUUUUGUAAAACUGAAACAUAUCUGAAGGUUUUUAUUUCUCUGAUUUAUCUUGAUUUGGGGUUGGUUCACUCCCAAUGCAUUCUGGGGAAAAAAUAAACCAUUUGUGUUCUUCA